CGAGCUCCGGGCGGGGGAGCGGCGCCCCCGGGCGCCCCGCCUCGCCUCCCGCGCGCAGCCUCUCCCAGCUCCGCCACAGACACACACCCACCCAGAGCCCAGCGCCCUCCGCCUCCGCCGGCCGCCGCCGCCGCCGCGCUUCGGGCAGCCUGAACAAGCGGCAACUCCCCGGCUGGCGCGGCUCGCCUUUCCGGCUCCUUCCGCGCGGCGAGCUCAGCCACGCUCGAUUUUUCCUUCUCGCUUCCAGCGCUCUGUCGUCUGGGCGGCGGCGGCAGGGGGAUGGGGACCCCGCGCGGGGAAGGGGGUGAAGAUCCAUGAAGAUUCUUGUUCUUUUUAAGGAUGCCUUAGCUUCCUCCCGCCGCGUCUCCUUUGAGCCUUCCUCUUAGAGACCGGGAACCAGAGUCAGGGAUGUAAAGAGAAGGGGCAAGCCCGCCGGGAGCUCCAGCCUGCCGGGGAGACCCUCCUCUCGGCGCAGGGGCGGGGGACUUCCAGCGACAGAUCCUCGGCGAGGGGAGCCGUCGCAGGGAAUCCCCCCGCCCGCGGUGGCGCCCGAGCCCGUGCCACCGCCGCGCGGGGUCCGCGGGAGCUAGACACAUUCAGGAAAACUGCAACCACAGGAGACAAUCCAAAUCCCAUGUAGAUGCUGCAUCUAUCUCAAAGUCCAGGUUCUGUGGGUGAUGCUAAACCCUCCCCAACCCCCAGCUGUCAUGCUUGCCCCGGAGGGAAACUGUUUCAGCUGACCUCGCUUGUUAAGCACCCUGGCGCUGCGGCUUUGUCCGGUUCAAGAUGGCCGAGAAGGCUCCCCCUGGCCUAAACAGAAAGACUUCCAGGUCGACACUGUCUCUUCCUCCCGAACCUGUGGACAUCAUCAGGAGCAAAACGUGCUCGCGGAGGGUGAAGAUCAACGUGGGGGGCCUCAACCACGAGGUUCUGUGGAGAACGCUCGACCGACUGCCCCGGACACGCCUGGGCAAGCUCCGUGACUGCAACACCCACGAGAGCCUCCUGGAGGUGUGCGACGACUACAACCUGGGCGACAACGAGUACUUCUUUGAUCGCCAUCCGGGGGCCUUCACGUCCAUCUUAAAUUUCUACCGGACAGGGAAGCUCCACAUGAUGGAAGAGAUGUGCGCGCUCUCUUUUGGCCAAGAGCUUGAUUACUGGGGGAUCGAUGAGAUCUACCUGGAGUCUUGCUGCCAAGCCAGGUACCAUCAGAAGAAAGAGCAAAUGAACGAAGAACUGAGGCGAGAGGCGGAGACCAUGCGAGAGCGAGAGGGGGAAGAAUUCGAUAACACUUGCUGCCCCGAGAAAAGGAAGAAGUUGUGGGACCUGCUGGAGAAGCCGAACUCCUCUGUGGCUGCAAAGAUCUUGGCCAUUGUGUCUAUCCUAUUCAUCGUCCUUUCCACCAUCGCUUUGUCUCUCAACACACUGCCAGAGCUGCAGGAAACGGAUGAAUUUGGACAACCCAGUGACAACCCAAAGUUGGCCCAUGUGGAGGCUGUGUGUAUUGCUUGGUUUACCAUGGAGUACCUCUUACGCUUCCUGUCCUCACCAAAUAAGUGGAAGUUCUUUAAAGGCCCACUGAACGUCAUUGAUUUGCUGGCCAUCUUGCCGUACUACGUCACCAUUUUCCUCACGGAGUCCAACAAGAGCGUGCUGCAGUUCCAAAACGUGAGGCGCGUAGUCCAGAUCUUCCGAAUCAUGCGCAUCCUCCGGAUCCUGAAACUGGCCAGACACUCAACGGGCUUGCAGUCCCUGGGCUUCACCCUGAGGCGGAGCUACAAUGAAUUGGGCUUGUUGAUACUGUUUUUGGCCAUGGGGAUCAUGAUAUUUUCCAGCCUGGUAUUUUUUGCAGAGAAGGAUGAAGAUGCUACCAAGUUCACCAGUAUCCCUGCAUCAUUUUGGUGGGCCACCAUCACCAUGACCACCGUGGGCUAUGGGGACAUUUACCCAAAGACAUUAUUAGGGAAAAUUGUGGGCGGUCUGUGCUGUAUUGCUGGGGUUCUGGUGAUCGCCCUUCCUAUACCAAUCAUUGUAAACAAUUUCUCUGAAUUUUACAAGGAGCAGAAACGCCAGGAGAAGGCGAUUAAGAGGAGGGAAGCUCUCGAGCGGGCCAAACGGAAUGGAAGUAUCGUGUCCAUGAACUUGAAGGAUGCCUUUGCUCGAAGUAUGGAACUGAUCGAUGUGGCCGUGGAGAAAGCCGGAGAGACAGCCAACACCAAGGACUCGGCUGAUGAUAAUCACCUGUCUCCAAGCAGGUGGAAGUGGGCCAGGAAAGCUCUGUCAGAAUCCAGCUCCAACAAAUCCUAUGAGAAUAAGUACCAGGAGGUUAGCCAGAAAGACUCCCACGAGCAGUUGAACAACACUUCUUCCUCCAGCCCACAGCAUCUGAGUGCCCAGAAACUGGAGAUGCUGUACAAUGAAAUCACCAAGACACAGCCUCACUCUCACCAGGCCCCGGACUGCCAGGAGCAGCCAGAGAGGCCAUCUGCCUAUGAAGAAGAGAUAGAAAUGGAGGAAGUGGUCUGCCCGCAGGAGCAGUUGGCCGUGGCGCAGACUGAGGUCAUCGUGGACAUGAAAAGCACCUCCAGCAUCGACAGCUUCACCAGCUGCGCCACUGACUUCACGGAGACCGAGAGGUCGCCCCUGCCGCCACCCUCCGCGUCUCACUUACACAUGAAGUUCCCCACCGACUUCCCAGGAACAGAAGAGCACCAAAGAGCCAGGGGCCCCCCAUUUCUAACCCUCACCAGGGAGAAAGGGCCUGCCGCCAGGGAGGGCGCCCUGGAAUACUCUCCCAUCGACAUAACUGUGAACCUUGAUGCUGGCAGCUCCCAGUGUGGGCUCCAUGGGCCUUUGCAGUCUGACAGUGCCACCGACAGCCCUAAGAGCUCGCUAAAAGGCAGCAACCCACUCAAGUCCAGAUCCCUCAAAGUGAACUUUAAGGAAAACAGAGGCAGUGCCCCCCAGACCCCGCCCAGCACAGCCAGGCCACUGCCGGUCACCACGGCUGACUUUUCGCUCAGCACCCCACAGCACAUCAGCACCAUCCUCCUGGAGGAAAGUCCCGCCCAGGGAGACAGACUCUUGCUGGAUGCUGAGCUGCCGGCCCAGUGUCAGGGACUCGCCAAAGGGCUCUCCCCUCGGUUUCCCAAGCAGAAACUCUUUGCUUUCUCUUCCAGGGAGAGGCGGAGCUUCACCGAGAUAGAUACAGGCGAGGACGAAGACUUCUUAGAGCUCCAAGGGGCGAGGGCGGACAAGCAGGCGGACUCCAGCCCCAAUUGCUUUGCAGAGAAGCCUAGCGAUGCGCGACACCCUCUGAGUGAGGAGGGCUGUGGGGGCUCCUCCUCGCCCCCAAACACGGGGCAUAACUGUAGGCAAGACAGUUUCCAUGCUGUGGGAGAAGUGCAAAAGGACAGUAGUCAAGAAGGGUACAAGAUGGAAAACCACUUGUUCGCUCCAGAAAUUCAUUCCAACCCAGGAGACACAGGUUAUUGUCCCACACGGGAGACCAGCAUGUGACUAGUUACAGAAGCAAUAAUAAAACAAACAAACAGACUUGUUUCUUAAAAACGAGGUUAAUAAUGCCUGUGAACUAGAAUAUGGAAGCCCCUCCCCCCCAAAAAAAGUGCAUAAAAUGUUAUUUUUGCAUGGCAUGAACAGUUUAGUUCAAGUACUGUUUAAAUAGUCAAGACCACAUUUUGUAACAAACAAAACAAAAAUGACUGAAGAACAGUGAACAAAUAAAGAGAGCUCUAUUAGGAACCAGUUACCUGCAAUGUCUGACAUUUUUGAUCCUUUCAUUUCAAACUGUAGGCAGAUUUUUAAGUUUCAAUUUUUUGUUACAAUGAAUUCUAGAAUUUUCACAUGAAAGGAUGAAAUGUCAUUGCAUGCAUUCAUAAUUAUGAGGAGUAAGGUGCUUUGAGCUUGCAAAAAGCCUCGCUUUGUAAGUAACGGGGCCUGGAUGUAGAAGUGUGGAGAGCACAUGGAAACAAGUUUCUGAGACACAGGUAUUCUUCACAGCUGCUGUGGGAGGAGCUGUACAGACUUCCUGUUGCAAAAUUGCAACCUCUUCUUAAACCAUCUCACAUAUCUUACUUUGGGGUACAAAGCUCCUACAGGUACAUUUAUUUAAAGGAAUACAGUAUUUUUAUUUUUUGUGGUAGAAUUCCUCAGCUACAUUUUUCUUUUUUGCUUCUGCUUAGUUGUGGCACUUGUGGUUUUAUUUAUAAAUCAUGGAAAUAGGCAAGAUUUAAUGACCAGAUAUCAAAUAUUUGGAAUUUAAGCUUGAAAUUUUUGCUAACAAGUUAUAUGUCAUGCCAUAGCCUAUAACAGAAAUGCAAUUUUUAAUGUGAAAAUAUACGGUUGUGUCAUAAAAUUCAACUUUUAAAAAGUGGUUCUUCCCUUUUGGAAAUUGUUUCUUUUUUUAAGAACAGUUGUAUUUUGGCCACCUGAAGGUGACAGUAUAUUCCACUUGUACUCAACGUAACCUUUUCUAACUAACAAUCCAGAAGUAGAAUGCAGAUAUGCCAAAAUGGGAAUUCCAAAAAGUGACUUUGGUCCAACUAAGAGCAGAGCCAUUGAAGUGAGAUCGCCACCCCCUUCUUACGUGGAGUCAGUUCCAACCUGAGCUCCCGUAAAAGGAGCACAGGUCUGGUAAUAGGUCUCCUCGUGUUUCUCAGAGUGGGCCAGGAGGAGAGGGAAGGACGGACACUGUCGUUUGUGGAAAGCAGUUCUUCCUUCUGCCAGAUCUGGAUCCCAGGACUCCGAACCACAGCCAUGGCAACACCUUCUGGAAUUGCAGCAACUGGAAAGUAGCCCCUUCUACAUGGUGGUGGACAGGGCCAUCCUUGUUGAAAGCCACCUGCUGCAUUGUCUAAGAAAAAGAAGUGAAAUCCAGGGGUGUCAAGGCUCUGGCUGGAGGUUGCCCUGUUUUUGAAAUCUCUGCUAGAACCCAGGUGUUUUGAAUGCAAUUUGCUUCCCAAGGAUCAAAGCUCUGGCUCCAGAUUCAUAAUUACAUGAUAUGUGAUCCUGAACGAUUCUCUUCAACCACUCUUGGUCUCCAUUUUACCCCAAUAAAAAGAAAAACUUCAAAGCUCCCUAAAGAUGAUUAAUACGAUCAUUAGUAAUAUAAUUCUUGGGUCUCCCAAGAAUGUCCAGGUUAUGCCUCAGCACACUGUGUUUCAUACCUAUGUGUGUAUAUAGUUCAGGGAAAUAGGAAUAUGCCAGGCCAAAUGUAAAGCACAAUUUAUUGUUUAUAGGAAAAAAACUUACGUUUCAUUCCAUUUUUAAAAGAAAAAAACAACACUGAAGAAAGUAGCCCAAAUAUUUAGACUCUAACUCCAGUCUUUUAAAGGAAUAAUAUUUCUUUAUUAACAGAAUCUGGUCAUUAUAUCUCAGAAAAGAAAACAAGUUUCGAUCUUAGUUGAAAUCCAAGCAGGUCUGCUGCUAAAAACUAAUCUUAAACAUGUCUUUUUUUUCACUGUGCUUACAAUUUCUUAACUGCUUUUAUGUUUGUGUGGAAACAUAACCUUUAAGAGUGUAUGGUCAUUAAUCAUUGAUAUUCACAUUAUUUGUGCAUAAUUCAGUGUCUAAAUGUUGAUGAGUUUUUGUAAGCCUAGAGUGUUUAAAUUUCUAUAUAUAGUUUUUAAAUGUCAAAAAGUUAUAUCUACUAUUAGGUGAAUAGCAAGCAAGUUAUGAAAAUCAUGUUCUUUACCUAGCCUCAUGAAGCAAUUAUUUUCUCUCUUAUCAAUGAAUCUCAAAUGUUUUAUUCAAUCGGCUGCAGAAGUGGACUCAUCGUGUUGCCCGACAUGCCCACCUCUCACAUGUCUGUUAGGCCUUCCCUGCUCCAGGAAGCAUGAGAUCAGAAAUCUCGCCUGGUCAAGACAUAGGCAGACACUCGUCCAUGGAAAUAUUCUCCCUGAAAUCUUGUUUUCAUUCAGUCUGAGUUCUAAAGAAUUUCAAAGGGACAUUCUAUGGAAAUCUUAUCUUUCAAUUCUUCUGAGUUCUUCUGGGUCAAAAGUCUUCAGCUAAGAAAAAAAAGAAAGAAAGAAAAGAAAAUUUUCCUCUAAAAAGCCCUUGACAUUGGUAUUUCACAGGAAGGCAGUCUGGGGAUUGAGGUCUCUCAGGAUGCAUUUUUUCCUAAGCCUUGUCAGUAAGUGCACCUAGCUAAGAGCACGAACGCGUAUGCCUGGAAUGAUCCAGGAACACACCAAGCACAGAGUUCUUUUGAAGUCUUAUGUUUUACAUUAAAAGUUGAUGAUUGCUGCAUUUUAUUCCAUAAUAUACCCAUUCAAUAUUAUUUAAACAGUGUUUUAUAUUAUUUACGAACCAGCAAAAUUGAUAUUAUUAUAACCUCAAAUACCUCCUUCGUAUGUCCUAGACAAUGCAUUCUCACUUUGAGAGGCACUUCGUAGAUCAUAGGAACAUAGUUUGGUUCCCUGAGGACCUUGAGAUGUUUCUGCUACAGAGGGAGUCCAUGCUCUGUUACUGGGUUCAGUGACAAGGGACUAAUGUCAAUGAGCAGUGAUGAUUUGAAUGUCCUUAAAUAACAGUCCCAGGAAUGGCCAAUCUGAUUCUUCUGAUUGUUUUAACAACCAGUUCAAAUUGCCACAAGGUUGUUUUAGCUCCAAGAUAGAGGCCAAUCAUCAGAGGAUGAAGAUGGGUGCAUCAAUAGACGUGUACAUCUUGAGUUGGACCAUGUAGACAAGGGUGAUAUACUAAGUGGAUCCCUAAAGUUUACUUAUUUAGUCUCUAAACAGUUUUACUAGAAAUGUUUUCACUCUGGCACAACCAGCUGCCUUGAAACACAUGAUCAGCAUUAUCAUGGUAUGACUAGGUUUGGGAACAAGGAAGAUAUAUGCCAAACAUCUAUUCCCAUUAAUUGCUUGUCAAUAUAGUCUCAUUCACAUGUAGACAAGGAAAGACAACAAUUCAACUACUUUCUCCUCAAAUUUGAAUAGCAAAAAAAGGAUGUACUUUAUAUUUCUUAACUCACAACAGCCUUCAGAAGUAACAAUAAAGGACCAGAGAAAUUACCUAAGGUCACAGUGAAUAACAGAAUCCCCAUCAUCUGGCUUCAAAUCUGGCAUUCUACUAUACUACAGGAAAGUACAUUUGGUUAGAGGGGUUUUUUCCUAUUAUUAUCCAAAAUCGGGUAAAUAAAACUGAAGGUACAUUUGUAGUCAGUCAUGUGGCUUGUUUAAAGCAGCAAUAGAUUGUGCCAAAUGAGAAUGACUUGAGAUCAUUGGCAUUGACUGUCUUUAGCACAUAUGCUUGCCAAUUCAGAAUUCUGGUCAUAAGACAUACACCUCUUGGUUAAAGAAAAGAAUUCAUUGUUCCUGAUGCUACAUGACAGACACAUUAGAAAGAGGGCUGAAACAAAAGCAAGUAGAACUUUAGAAAUGUUUAAUCUAAGUUCAAAAAUGUCUCAUUGAAUUUGAUCCUCAUUUUGCUUUUCAUUCAAUAAAUACUAGUUGAGCGUCAUUGAUCUCUAUACUGGCACUAUACCCUCAUGCUGGCCUCAUGGAGCUUGCUGCCUGGCCUACUUACACCCAAGCUGAGGAUGAUUUGGAUUAAUGAAAAAUGUCUCUUCUGAGGAUGGGCAAACACUCAGUUAUCAAACUGGAGAAGCAAAUGACAAGAACAAAUAAAGCUAUUUUCCAAAGAACUAUUUUCCUGGGAAAUAGAUGGAUGGUGUAAAGUCAGCUGUAUAAUAAUUGCUGAAUCACAGCUUAGAUUUCAUACUUAAAUAACAAACUGUGAACCUGAUUGAGGGAGGUGAUGGGUUUUCUUUCCUUAUUAUUUGAUAAAUUAAAAUAAUAAUUCUUCAAUUAGAUAUAGUGCCUAUCAAAAUAGUUAAUACUAAUCUCUCACAAAUAACUAAAGCAAAAUUUAAUGCCAGUUAAAAAGUCUAUAAAAAUUUACAUUUAAAUUAUGUGUUUGAUGGUUAUGUGGUUGAAAUAAAGCAUUGUAAUUUUUUUCUUACUUUCUAUUAACUACAGGCCACAUUUCCACUAUGUUCACGAUUCUUGGUUUAGUCCUCUGAAUUUCUCAAUGGAAGAUAUUUAAAACUCAAUAUUCAAAAGUUAUUUAGCUUGGUUCAAGGAAUAUAUUCACUACAUCCAUAUGGGUUUGUAAGUAUAUUGGAUAUUCCGCCACUGUACUGUCCUUCCCCAAACAAAACUUUAGAAAAAGAAAAAGAAAAAAACUACAAAAUCUAAACAAGAAUGGGAACAUUUAGAGGCCUAGUCAUACUAAGAAAGAUGGAAGGUCCCAACCAGAAAAUCCUGGGGGACAUUCUGUGUUACUCAUUUUGGCACUUAUUGUGACAAACGUUAUUUUUUAAUGCUGUCAUUAACCAUUUCUUCUACUUGCUGUUUAAGACAGCCUGACUUAAUUCCAUAAACUCUUUUUUAACAUUGUCAUAAAUACAUGAUUUCUUCCUUAUUAAGUCUAACAAGGUUUUAACCUGUAAGUACACAUCUAAUUAGAGGGAGGUGGGAGGAGUCUCUAAUGAUAAGUCAUCCCAAGACCAGCAAAAGACACAAGCACAAACACAAGGAAGAAAGAUUAAAAAAAAUGUAAGUAACUGUGCUUUUAAGAGAGAAAUGUAUAUUAGGUAUAUGUUCUUACUUGCAUGAAAUUUAGACUAAACCCUUAUUAUUUACAUGAACUUAGAACUGACACCAUGAUUCCAACUUCUCUCCUGAAGAAAUUAUUUCUUAUUAUCAGAUACCUCCUGAUUGCUGCUGAUAGAGUGUUUCAUUCACAAACACUGAGUGUCUGCUGUGGGCAAGAAAUGAAUUCAGGUGAAGUUCAAUCCUCAAGUUUACACUUCAGCAGAGGCUUCAUGUUUAAGAGACCAUACUCCCAAGAGAAAUCCAAUUUUACAGGGUGAGCUACAGUGCAUACAGCAGGAUAUUCUGUUAUCUGAGAAUUUCUACAAUCCCCUUUUAUUUUUCCUCUGAUUCAUAUUUAUUUUCAUUCCUUAAUCUGGAAUCUGGAUUUCCACCCAGAGAGUUUCUUAACAUCUGUGCUGCUCAAAUUUACAGUAGCCAGCUGAAAGCCAGUGACAAUGCACUUCAAUGAAGGCAUUCCCUGCUCAGCAAAAGAGAAUAUGAUUCUCACCAAAACUGAUGCUAAAUAGUAAUCAUUUUAUACUCCCAUAAUUGUAUUAUUUGAUUUUUUUUAUACCUCAUGGCCCAUUUGCUGUGGUAGAAGCCACUAAUAACCUGCUCAGAUGAAAACGAGAUGCCAAUCUGCACACCCUGGUUAGUCAGCCACCCACUGUGGGCAAUUCUGGCAAAUAAUAAGGCUCAGUAGUCUUGCUUGCAGUUAUUUUUGCUCCAUUCCAACCCUUCAAAAUCAAGAUUCAGGAAAUCAGGCACAGGCUAGUGACAACAGAGCCAAGGUACCCCCUUCAGAAAGGAGACCUGCUAUGCUGGCUAUUAUUCUAUGUCGAGUGCCCUCUAGUGGCCAACCUGAGAGAAAGUGGACUUCUAUUUGCCAAGAAAAUGCGGUAACCAGUACUUGAAAGAAAAAUUCUCUGGCAUUUUUCACCUUUCUGCAUAUAGCCAAAACCACAAGUACAUCUAAGGAAUUUUUUUUAGCGAGUGCUUCUCAGUUUUGUUUUACUUAUUCCUAAAUAUCUGAUAAAACUUGUUAUUCUGUGCUGCACGUUCAGAAUAUUCCUAGCUGCUGCAUUAAAUUCAAAACAAAAAUCACAAGUUUGCCAAAUAUUUCGCAGGGCCCUAGUCAGUAAUCUGAAUACUCAUUUAAUGUUACUUUGACCUUUCUGUCAUUAUUAGGAAGCCAGACAAGAAUUCAAAAUAAUGAUUUUUUUUUUUUUUUAAUCCAGAACCUAGUAUUACAAGUGGAGCCUGAAAUACCCCUGGAUUGACCCUGGCAAAAAAAAAAAAAAAAAAAAAAAAACACAGAUGAUUUAUAAACUCCACCAAGACAUCUGUUGGUGCUGGCCAGAAAUUCUCUUAGAGCCAGAUUUGUGGCCCAUCUUUAAAGCAAGAUACUUUUAAUAUUCUGACACCAUAUAUUGGUUAGGCUAUGUUUUUCUCCUGCACAUUAUAUUCGCAUCAUAAUGUUUAAUUGAAAGGAUCAAGAUUUUUAUAGAAAAAAUACAAAAAGAGCAAUAUAUACUAGUGUGACCCAAAUUUAAUUUAAGAUUUAUUUGUUUGUUUAAUUGACAGGCAGAGCAAAAUAGAUAGAGGGAGAGACAGAGAGAGAGAGAGAGAGGAUCUUCCAUCUGCUGGUCACUCCCCAAAUGGCCACAAUGGCCAAGGCCAAAGCCAGGAGACUGGCACUCUAUCCAGGUCAUCUUUCAUGGGUGACAGGGCCCAAGUAUUUAGGUCAUUUGCUGCUGCUUUCCCAAGCACAUUAGCCAGGAGCUGGAUUAGAAGCAGAGCAGCCAAGACUGGAAGCUGCACCCUGAUAUGGAAUGCUAGUAUGGCAGGUAGUGGCUUAACCCCCUAUGCCACAUGCCAUCCCCAACCCAAAUUUUUAUUUUUAAACAGUUUUUUUAAGAUUUAUUUAUUCACUUGAAAGUCAGAGUUACAAAGAAAGAGGGAGAGACAGAGACAGAAAUAGAGAUCUUCCAUCUACUGGUUCUCUCCCCAGAUGGUUACAACAGCCAGGACUAGACCAAGCUGAAGUCAGGAGCCAGGAGCUGCAUCUUGGUCUCACAUGUGGGUGGCUGGGUCCCAAGUACUUGAACCAUCCUCUGUUGCUUUUUUCAGGCCAUUAGCUUGAAGCUGGAUCAGAAGUGGAGCAGCUGGGACACGAACCUAGGCCCAUAUGGGAUGCUGGCUUCUUAAGCUGCUGCUUUACCUGCUAUGCCACAACUCUGGCCCCAACCCAAAUUUUCUAACUCAACAAAAUGCACCACUAUCACCAGAAUUCAUUACCAAAAAUGUACUGCUAUGAAAGCCAAACUAAAUAAUUGGCCAAAGUCAUCCUAUUUAGUUCAAAACCAAAGAAAGAAAAAGAAAAGCAAAACUUGCAACUUACAAAACACUAAGUUUAUCAUAUAAUAGCCAAGUGUUUAAAGAGGUGUGGUGUUAAACCAGAAAAAUUCAAAAGUAAAUGUAUAAAAAAGGUUUAUUAAACAAAUAGAAUAUUAGCACACUGAAGCAUUUUUAAUAAUCUUUUUAACUAUUUAAUGACUGCUCUUAGCAUCUUGCUUUCAGUUCAAAAUCUUUUUUGUUUAUGUUGUUGCUGUGUGUUUGCUUGCUUGCUCUGUUUUGUUUGAAGAUGUGAGGAUAAGUGGGAAAAAGCACUUAAAGGGAAAAUUAUUGGGCAAAUUUUAAGAUUACCUACUGUUCCCUGGAGUGCAAUAGAAACUAUUGGCCUUCUUCCCUUCCACCUUUUUUAUCAAGUUUCACCAUCCUAGUUUGGAAACAGAUUCUUAUGAACAAAUCUCAGCUCUUGCUCACUCAGAUUUUUUAUUCUUUUCCUGUCUGCAGUAUCCAUAAGCAAUCCUUCCGUGGGGUCUGCCUGCUUACAAUACAUCAUGCACCAACCAAGUCAAAGACAGGACCUAAUGGGCCAUUUGCAGUAGCAACUUGGAGCAGCCCAAAGCCAAGGCAACAGGAGGAUGUCCACUGCCUAGAAAACUUAGACCUGGGGACUCUGUCUCUACACAUUAUCAUUAUGUGAUUUGACCAACAAAGCAGUGGCAUGAUGUCUUCCCCUUAAUGACAAAAGAAAACAGCAUUUUUUUUAACUUUUAUUUAAUGAAUAUAAAUUUCCAAAGUACGACUUAUGGAUUACAAUGGCUUCCCCCCCAUACCGUCCCUCCCACCCACAUUUUUAAGUUUCUAUUAAGUUAUUGAACUUCAAAAGUAAAUAGCUGAGUUGAUGAGAACAUAGUACCUAAUUCAUCAUCACUGUACAUAAGGGAAAAACUAAUAAUACCUUUUCAACACUUUCAGUGGUAAAUUUUUUUGUUUUUUUUUUUGUUUGUUUGUUUGUUUGUUUGUUUUGGACAGGCAGAGUUAGACAGUAAGAGAGAGAGAGAGACAGAGAGAAAGGUCUUCCUUUCCAUUGGUUCACCCCUCAAAUGAACACUAAGGCCAGCGCACUGCACCGAUCCAAAGCCAGGAGCCAGGUGCUUCCUCCUGGUCUCCCAUGCGCGUGCAGGGCUCAAGCACUUGGGCCAUCCUCCACUGCACACCCGGGCCACAGCAGAGAGAUUUUUAUUUGUUUGUUUUGUUUUGUUUUGUUUUUUGACAGGCAGAGUUAGACAGUGAGAGAGAGAGAGAAAGGAGUAAAUUUUUUUAAUCAAGGAAACAUUUUAAUCAGGGAAAACUGAUAUUGCUCUGAUAGUUUCCAUAUCUUUCAGGAACAAAAUUGCAAUAUCAAUUUAAAUAAAACUUUAGCAAAAGACACAUGGGGUUGGUCCUGGAGUGAGCAGAGAAAGCCAUAAAGAAAAAUUGUACUUUACUAUAUAUCUAAUUAGAAAUAACUCUUAUUUGGAUUAGGAAUUUUAAAUUAUUUUAUGUAAACACAUUUGGGUGAUUGUUUGAAAUUAAUAAUUCUAUUUUCUUAUAAAUAGAUUUUUUAAUGAUAAAUGAGAUGAUAUGUCUAGCACAAUGCCGGAUAAAUAGGAGGUAUAUAUUCUUUAAAAAUAAGAAUUCCAAAAGAAAUCAUUCAACUAGAAUUUCUGUUCUAAUCUCUUAGUCUUCUAAAAUUCUACAGUGGUUUCCUAAACAGUCAAAAUUUUAAAUGUUUGCAUAUAUCUCAAAAUAUAAAGAAUUCCAUUUGCCAAAUUACACACACACAAACACACACUUCAUGUGGCUUUAAAAAUAGAUUGACAUUAUUUGAAGAAAUAAUAUGCUAUAAAAACUAGGUAGUACAAUUAUUUUGUCAAAUUAUCUUAAAAUUUUAAUGUUUAAUAGACAAAUGCCAGUUUCUUCUAGAAGAAAAUCAGCUUCCUACGAUUACUAAGACUUUAGAUAUAUUUUCUAUUUGAAGUAUUUUUACACCCUCCUUAUUACCACAGAUUUAAAUAUACUUGGUCAUUAUGAGGUAAUUCAGUAUACUGGGCCAACUUUCUGCUCUAAAUAAUUGUGAACUGAGGGAUAAAUAUUCUUUUUUAUUUUUUAGAUUUUUUUUUAUUUGACAGGCAGAGUUAGACAGUGAGAGAGAGAGAGAGACAGAGAGAAAGGUCUUUCUUCUGUUGGUUCACCCCCCAAAUGGCCGCUAAGGCCAGCGUGCUGCGUCGAUCCAAAGCCAGGAGCCAGGUGCUUCCUCCUGGUCUCCCAUGCGGGUGCAGGGCUCAAGCACUUGGGCCAUCCUCCACUGCCCUCCAGGGCCACAGCAGAGAGCUGGACUGGAAGAGGAGCAACUGGGACUAGAACCUAGCACCCAUAUGGAAUACCAGCACCGCAGUCAGAGGAUUAACCAAGUGAGCCACAGAGGAUAAAUAGUUCUUAAAGUAUUUCAUGACCAGUGUGAUGUACCAUGAUUAGCUAUUUGUCAGAACUACAAAAUGAGAAUAAAAGGUUUCAAUAUAAAAAACAUUUUUCCUUAUUAAAUUUUGUUUUGAAAAUCUAAAAUAAAGAUUGGCAUCACUAAAGAUUUCAUCAGAAACAUUUUGUUUUACUUUUUAUAUUAAUUUUAUUGAUCCAGAAUGAGAACAUUACCUAAAACGCUAGGGCAUAAAAAUGUAGACAGAGGCCUUUUUUUCACAAGAGCCCUGGAGCUGGGUGAUCCCCAAGGACUCUAUAUAGUGUAGCAAACUGUACAGUUCUGUACCAGCCAAAGCACAGGGGGCACUAAGGAGCCAGGGAGAUGCAACACAUUCUGACAUUAAAAACAGGCAGACUUUUGGAAAUUCUCCCAUUGAGAGAGAAAGGAAUUUCUAAGAUCUAAAACUCCACCUUCAGAGUAUCCAGUAGCCAUCAUUAGUAAACUGAAAAUAACAUUUUGAUUCCAAUGAGGGUUUUUGGGCUGAUUUGGGGGAUUUUGUUGGUUGAUCAGUUGGACUGGUUUUUGUUUUUCUUUUGCUGAGUAAUUUUAUGAAAACUUUAACAUAACACAUUACCUAGUUUUAGUUUGUACUUUCAAUCAACUUAUUAUGAUGCUUUAAUAAAUUAUCCAUGUUCUCAAUCAUAAUUGCAUGAUAGUUUAGAUUUUAUUACCAUUUAGUUGUAGCCUAAAAAAUACUGUAUUCCUCUGUCUUCUCAAAUAAUUUUCUAGUGUAUUAAAUAGUAUUCAGAUAAAACAUUAUGCUGCCCAACCAGCUUACUAAGUGUAUUUAUUACCUGUCUCUAUGUAGCUUCUGUAAAAACUCAGUGGUGAUGGCCCAUGUCUGCUGCAUUUAAAAGUUGCCGUUGUGAUUGUCUCAUCUGACCAUGCAAAUGCCUUAUGCUAUGGUGUCGUGUACAUAGACCACAGUACAAAGUGUUCUGCAAACUGCUUACUCAGCAUAUAGUCCAAAAAGUUCUGGGACAGGGCAAUCAUGCUUUUAAGAAGAUGGCUUGCUGUGUGUCUUGUCAAUCUGUGCAUUUUUCCCAUAGAUAAUGAAAUACUGUUUUUAACUGUUUUUUCAGACUUGUAAUAAAGUUCUCUGUGUCAUAUCUACAUAGUCAAAAUAUGUCAAGUAAUUCAGUUUAUGUGUGUCUACUAACAGACUGAAGAGAAUACUGACUUUCCCAUAUAACUGUUCAAAUUAUUUUCCAAUGCCAAUGUAGAUCUGCCUCCACUGGUUUCUUUCGCCACUGUUAAGUGUGAAAUAAAGGGAGGACAUGGUGGGAAUUUCUACCUGUCUGACAUUAACUCUUUCCACGAGUCAAAGGAUGGACACUCCUUUGCCAUGACUCCUCUUCAGUAUAUAUUUUAAUUUUGGUCUCCAAAAGUUAAAGUUGGAUGUCUAUGAAAUCGACAUGUAUAGACCUUCAAAGGCCAGCAUUUGAGAAGGGGAGGAAGGAGGAGAAAGGAAGAGAGAGGAAGGGAGAACGGAAUAAGAAUAAGAAGGAGAAAGGGAGGGGGAGGAUGUGGAAGGGGAAAGCAAUGAGAAGAAAGGCUAGUAGAGAAAGAUCGAUCUGUAUAUGAGUAAAAUGGAGGAAGCUAAAGAUUUAUAAUAUAUUUUUUGAAAGUUGAUUGGCUUUGAGGAGGCUGAUUGUAUCGUGUUUGUGUGUGUGUGUGUAUUUGUGGGUAUGCAUGCAUUUAGGAUCAAGAGGGGAAGCCUGAAUCAUCUAAUACUUUUUUUAAAUUAACCAGAGUCAUAUUUUUUAAAAAAUUUCCAAUUCCCAAACUCAUUAAAUCAACAACUUAAUGCUAGGAUUAUAAACUUAUUGUUAAACUCAGGACAAUUCUGUGAAGAUUCAUGCAGCAAUUUUAUGAAAACUUAUGGUGAAGUUGUUCAGUAUUGUCUGUAAUUAAUGCACACAAAACAACCUUGUUAGGGACAAUCAUGGGUGACUCCCUUAUAAAACAGAUUGAUAGACAACCUAUUCUUUUUUUUCUGAAGUGAAAGAAGUUUUAUUGUUUCUGUUAAGCUCCUAAUAUCUCCCAGGUUAAAAAUACUCAAAGCUAUUUUUAAAACCUAAGGAAUAGAGUAUCAGAAAUUAAAUAUUAAGUGAAUAGCUUUAAAAUUGCUCUAUGUACAUUAUGUACAACAAUUUCAUGUUUCUAAGUUGUACCUGGCAUUAGGUGUAUAGGUCCAGUCGCAUGAAGCAUCACUCAUUUUAAUUAAUGUCAGUGUUUUAAAGGGUUUUCUUACUAGUCUAGGAACGCUCUGAAAGCUGCAGGGAAAAAGAAGCACAAUCCCAGUUUUAUUUUUGAAGAUUUCUCAGUUGUGUUAGCCUGUCCUGUCUACACACAUAAUAGCAUUAGCAAUUCACCUUAUAAGACGUUCAAAUACUUUAGACUUCUCAAUAGAAGCUGAAGCAUAUGUGUAAGUGGUUAAGUCUUGUUUGGUUUCAUUCAUCUGCUGCAAGCAACAUGCUUUCUUUCAUUAUAUUUGCAAACAAUGUUUUGAUUUCAGCUUUGUAAAGAAGGUAGGAUUCAGCAUACUCACGUCUGUUUGGCUGUCCAUCCUGCACCAUUAAUCCAAUGCUUUUCCCUCCCAUUUAGUGAUGUUUGUAUCUGUGUCCCCACAUCUGCUGCAUUUUAACCCCAUAAACAGAAAAAUGUGAUUUUGCAUUACUAGUUUUGCUGAUCAACUCAAUAUUUCUGCACCAGUCAGCAUACUUACGUGCAUGUAGUAGUCUGUACAAUUGUUCAACAUCAAGAUACUUGUUUACUUUAUGUCAAAAUGUCUAUAAAACUGCUGGCAUUGUUCUCCAUUUCAGUCUGGUAGAAUAAGCGAGAUAGAAAAUAAAUGUGUAAAUAAA